AUGAGGCCUCCAACUAUGCACCUGUACUUCACAGUACUUAUAGCAGUAGUUCACGCGUUAAGUAUAGAAAAAGUGAGUGAUAAAAAUAAUGUGACCAAACGUGCGGCUAAUGGAGACUUCUUCCCAGACUGGGUGCCGUUCAAAAAUAAACACGGCGAUGAGUUGGGAGAGUUUCAGCAAGUGACCAAAGCGAAACCUAAGAAACGGCUCGCUCCGCCCGUUAACUUCAUCCUCAGAGCAGUAGCCGAGCCUGAAGGUGAUGAUUAUUAUGAUAAAGGUCAAGGAGAGGGCGGCGAUGGUGACGAAUACUUCGAGAAAAAAGAUUGGUCGGAUCUCAACAGACCUGCCGAACCUGUUGAUGGCGUCAAAGUAGUGAACCACACGGACAUUUCUGAUAUUGAUGGAGUCGUCGAUAUAAUUACCAAAGGCAAGCCAAGUGUCAUUUUGAACGCAUUACAGUUGCAUAAUAAUUCGAAAAAACAAAAAAAGGAGGAAAGAGAAGAAGAAACCACGAGCAAGGAAGAAACUAAGAAAAAAGCUGACAGCAAAGAGGAAAAGCCAAUUGAACCAAGAAAACCUAAGAAGAUUAAAAGAUACGAAGAUGAUAUUGAUUACGAAGAAAGCGAUUCAGAAAAACAAAAACCUGAAGUAGUUGAAGAUGACCAGAGUGAGAAUGAUGCCAAGAAAGCCAGUAUCCUUGACAGUGUAGACGAGCUAAAAGAACGGCAUGCGGAAGAACAAAGGGCCAUUUCUGAAAAAGUGAAAGAGGAGGAAAUAUACACAGAAGAGCACGAGAGAAAUAAAAUUGGAGUUCGUGAAAAACCUGAUAAGUAUGAUACUCGCGGGCGUAAAAAAGACUCGGACUAUGACGAAUACGACGAAAAAGAGGUGUCAGUUCAUGAAAAAUACAGGAUGCAUUCUUCCAAAGUAACAACGACAACACGACGACCUAAAACUACAAGGCAUAAAGGCAAAAAGAACGAAGAGGUAGGAAAACUGUCGGUGUUCAAAAACCCUCAGUUGUACAUGGUUUAUGAUGACGACAGCGAAGAUACGACCACGACUAAGAAACCGACGACUCGAUCACGAGCCCAUUCGAGGUACUCCUCAAAAUUUACGACAGCUACCCCUGAGACUGAGGAGAAUGUCCGCAUCUCCCUUGUUCCCCAAGAUUCCGAAGCCAAAGAAGGAGAACCUACACUGUUCUUUCCGAAGACAAGAAAGAACAAAAAGAAGCGUAAGAACAGGACCACGACUCCUGAGCCUGAUUCGUUCGUGGCUGAGACGGUGGCAGGGUCUUCUGCGAAGGACUUGACCACUGCUGUAGACUUCACCAGCCCAUCAGCUUCGAGUCCUGACACGACGGCGUCAGGCUCAGCAGUGUCGGCUUCUGAUGCACUAGCAGCGACCAAUGGUGCGACUGAUGCUGUACCAGCGUCUACCGACCACAAAGAUGAGAAGAAAGAGGAGGACUACCAUAAAGAGAAGGGUGAGUGCUUGUAA